ACUUACUCUUGUCUCCGGAAGGUACUUUCCUACUUGAACCAGACAGUGCCGGGGUCAGAUGCUGAACAUCGGGCCCAGAAACUCCUGAGUCGGUUUUUGGCGGAGGAAACAGCGGAGAAAGAGAUGUUCAAAGGCUACCGUAGAAGAGUUAGAUUCUGUAUUGGAGAAGAACAUGACCAAACCAUUGAACAAGUUGACGAAAAGCUCCUGUCCUACCCAUCACGCUUCAUUGCAGAGCAGCUGACUUUUAUGUAUGCUGAUCUUUUUCGGAAACUUGUGCCCAGCCAAUGUUUAGGGUCCAUCUGGUCUCAACGAGGGAAGGAAGAAAAACAGCAUCUGGUAUCAACCGUCCAGGCCACCAUUACACAGUUCAAUAAUGUUACAAAAUGUGUCACCAGCACCAUAUUAAGACCUCAACAGCUGAAACCACGGCAGAGGGCUAAAAUCAUAGAGAAAUGGAUUGAUGUUGCCCAGGAAUGUAGGAUUUUGCAGAAUUUCUCGUCAGUGCAUGCAAUUACCACUGCAUUGCAAUCGAAUAGUGUGUUCAAUUUGAAGAAGACUUGGGCAGCCGUGUCAAAGAGCAGUAAGAUAACAUUUGAAGACCUUUCAAACAAUGAAGAAGAUAACUUUAUAGCAAGUAGAGAGCUGCUAAUGGAGGAUAUCAUUCAGGGAAUUGUGCCGUACCUGGGAACUUUCUUAACAGAAUUUUCAGCGCUGGAUUCGGCUUUCCCGAAUUACCAUUCAAAUGGCUUGAUCAACUUUGACAUGAGACAAAAAUCAUUAAAAUCCGUGGAUCCUGCCUCCUCUGGAGGUUUAUCCAACAGUGGUGCACCAGCAAAACCAAAUUACGACAUAGCCAAGUCUCGUAGGCGUGCAGGUUUGGGCAUCUGCUGGUGUGCAACACGUCGGAGGGACAACCACCAGAAUGAGAAAAGCUGUCUCAUCCGAGUCAGAUUAGAGCAGGACAGAGCACAAGAAUUCAAAAUGAUUUUGGUGACUAAUCAAGAUCGGGUUUCCGAAAUUUUCAACAAAGCCAUGACCGUGCUCAAAUUUGAACCCGAGCGUACUCAGGACUUUGAUCUCGCACAGAUCAUUGAAUCAAAUAAAGUGCUCAUACUUCCGGCCGAUGCCAUCCUGUAUUACGCAAUGAACAAGAAAGUGAAUCACGACUUCAUCCUGAGAUUCACGGAAAGAAGAUCUUCAUGUCUAUGCAAGUUUUAGCUGCAAUGUUCGAGCCUCCUUCCCAAUCUCAAUCAAUGAGCUCUGGUGAGGAAGGGCUUUAGGGAGGUCACCGCCUUGAUUUUUGAGAGGUCGUAUGUAUUUUAUUUCCUUCUCCUCCUGUAAAUCACUUGGUGCUCGACAUAGGAUUCACUAAUUAGACAUUUACACGUAAACACUUUAAAACUAAAAUGGUUCAACAUCGAGGCUAUGCCAACAAUACCAGCCACAGAUAGAAGAGGAAAUCAUCUGAGUUCUUUGUCUAAGUUUCGUUUCUAAAAAUAGU